GCUGAGUGAGGGACGGACGCACUGGCCGGGCACAGUCCCUCUCUCUCUCAUACACACACAUACACACACAUACACACACCUCAUCCUUUUCUACAGCAUCAGCACACACAGAGUGGCGGGGGAGGAAACGGGAGCCGGUUGCUGCAGACGGUUUUAACCAGUUCCUGAGCACAGACUGUGGCUGCGAUUGAAUCCUCACAGUUGAAAGUCUUCUCUCCAUUCACCACCCCCUGAUAAAGACCGGACAGAAAGAGGUUUUCACUGUGACUCCUCACCAUGGACGGGAACAGGAAGUGGGUGCCAGGCUUUGGAGCUGUGCUAUUGAUCCUCUUGAGUCACACGACCUCAGCACUGGAGGUGCCAUUGGAUCCUAAAGUUCUGGAAGGAUUGCCCCAACCCCCCACUAUAACGCUACAGUCCCCGAAGGAUUACAUCUUUGAUCCGCGGGAGAAUAUUGUCAUCCACUGUGAGGCCAAGGGGAAGCCUCAUCCCAGCUUUUCCUGGACGAGAAACGGGUCGCACUUCGAUGUGGAGAAAGACUCCAAAGUCCUGAUGAAACCCGGGUCAGGAACUCUGGUCAUCGACAUCAGCGGGGAAAAGGCCGAGGCUUACGAGGGAACGUACCAGUGUACGGCACACAACGAGCACGGCACGGCUGUAUCCAACAACAUCGUCAUCAGACAGUCCAGGUCCCCCUUGUGGUCGAAGGAGAGAAAUGAGGUCAUCGUGGUGCAGAUGGGAGUCCCCCUGGUGCUGCAGUGUCGACCCCCUGCAGGGCUGCCUCCACCUGUUAUAUUCUGGAUGGAUAACAACUUCCAGAGGUUACCGCUGGAUAAACGAGUGUCCCAAGCUCUGAAUGGAGACCUGUACUUUUCCAACGUUCUCCCUGAUGACAGCAGACCCGACUACAUCUGCUACGCCCGCUUCCCUCACACGCAAACAAUCCAGCAGAAGCAGCCCAUCUCAGUCACCGUGCUGGACAACAGCCCAGAGGGGGAGCGUCGCCCUGGUUUCAUGUUGCCGGUGGGCACCACCAGCACUAAGAUGGUUCUGAGAGGGGAGACUUUGGAGCUUGAAUGCAUCGCUGAAGGCUUGCCCACUCCAGAGAUCUCCUGGCAGAAGGAUGGAGGAGAGCUUCCAAGCAACAGGAUGACUUUUUCUAACUUCAAGAAAACACUUAAAAUUUCUGAUGUGAAUGAAGGUGAUGGUGGAGACUACCGCUGUACAGCCGCAAACAACCUGGGCACUGCUCACCACAUCAUCAAGGUCAACGUCAAAGCGGCUCCUUUCUGGGUCAGUGCUCCCAGGAACCUAAUCCUCGCCCCCAAUGAGACGGGCAUCCUGACAUGUCGAGUCAAUGGAGAACCCAAACCAAAGAUCACCUGGUUUGUCAACGGGGUAUCUAUAGAGAAUGCACCAGAGGACCACAGUCGGAAAGUGGAGGACGACACUGUGAUUCUCAGCAAUGUUCAAUCAGGGUCUAGUGCUGUCUACCAGUGCAAUGCAUCCAAUGAGUUUGGUUACCUGAUGGCAAACGCUUUUGUCAACGUUCUUGCUGAGGCACCAAGAGUGCUCACCCCACCUAACAGAGUGUACCAGGUCAUCACCAACAAUCCUGCAUUACUCCACUGUGCCUCCUUUGGCUCCCCAAUACCAGUGAUCACAUGGUUCAAAGACAGUCAGACCAGCAUCAAGAAUGGCGACCCUUAUGUGAUCCAUGAGAACGGCACAUUAGAGAUCCAUGUGGCCCAGCCCCUAAACAGUGGAAAGUAUACCUGUAUUGCCACCAACAACCUGGGAAUAAAGGAGAACCAUGUGUUCCUGGAGGUCAAAGAGCCCACUCGUAUCCUGAAGCAGCCGGAGUACAAGGUGGUGCAGAGAGGGAUGAGCGCUAUGUUUGAGUGUAAAGUCAAACACGACCCCUCCCUUAUUCCCACCAUGACCUGGCUCAAAGACAACGGAGAGCUGCCUGAUGAUGAGAGGUUUGUUGUGGACACAGACAGUCUGACCAUCAGAGAUGUGACAGAUGGAGAUGAGGGGACCUACACUUGCAUCAUGAACACCACCCUGGACCAGGAUUCAGCCAGUGCAAUGCUGACUGUUGUAGAGAAACCUGACCCUCCAUCUGACCUGGAACUGACUGGCCAGACAGAGCGGGGCGUUCAGCUCACCUGGAUCCCAGGAGAUGAACACAACAGUCCCACACAGAAGUUUCUGAUCCAAUACGAGGAUCUUCUCCACCAGCCGGGAGUCUGGGUUAACCUCACAGAGGUUGCUGGUAUGAGCACCACAGCACAGUUGAAUCUCUCUCCAUACGUGUACUACUCCUUCAGAGUCCUGGCUUUAAAUCACGUUGGCUACAGUGAACCCAGCCAGUCUUCAAGCCAAUACAGGACCAACCCUGCAGCUCCGGAUGAAAAUCCAUCAAAUGUUCAGGGGACAGGAAGUGAGCCUGGCAACAUUGCCAUCUCCUGGACACCACUGACAGGAUUUCAGUCCAAUGGGCCCAAUCUGGAGUACAAAGUUCAGUGGAGACAGAAGGAUAUGAAUGAGGAAUGGUCCUCAAAUACUGUCGCCAAUGUUUCCCAGUUUGUCGUGACCGGAACUCCAACUUAUGUGAAGUAUGAGAUCACGGUUCAAGCCUUGAACGGGUAUGGAAGCGGCCCUGAGCCUGAGAUAGUGAUCGGAUACUCAGGAGAAGACUUGCCUCUGUCUGCUCCCAAUAGUGUUCAGGUCAUGGUUCACAACAGCACACUUGCAGAGGUUCACUGGGAGCCUGUGCCUUUUCCUUCAGUCAGAGGAAAACUACAGGGAUACAAGGUGUACUACAGUCGUGAGCGAGGUUUGCAUGAGACAGAAGGAGAAACCGAGAAGCAGGAGGAGCAGGUUUUGAAGUUCAGUGGGAAUCGUACCGAUGGACGUCUGCCGGGCCUCCAGCCAUACAGCCUCUACAACGUCUCCAUCAGGGUCCUCAACAGCAAGGGAGAGGGACCCCCUAGUCCCAGCAAGACAUUUGAGACGCCUGAGGGAGUUCCAGGACCUCCGUCUUUCCUGAAUGCUGUACACCCCAGCUUGGACUCACUCACUUUGGAAUGGGGCCCACCAGCAAACAACAAUGGACGCCUUGCUGGAUAUACACUGAAAUACCAACCAGUCAACAACAGCAAUGAACUGGGCCCAUUCAAAGUGAUGACGCUCCUUUCCAAUGAGACCUCCAUCACUCUGGGCAACCUGAACUCCAGCAUGCUCUAUAAGUUUUACCUGAGUGCAAAGACAAUCAAGGGCUCUGGCCCGUUCAUCACAGAGGAGGCCUUCACUGUCAUGGACACUGGCCUCACAGAGCCCCCACACCCAACCUCCCCCAUCACUCAAUCUCCGCACCCCCCUCUUCACAAGGCGCCACCUGUAGGCCCUGCUUUUGGCACAGUUAACACGUCCGUCUCAGAGGAGGGUGCAGUGAUCAGUUGGGAUUACUUUGGACACCAUAAGAAUGUUUAUGUGGAAUAUAGUGUAGAAAACAGUAAAGAGGACUGGAAAAAGGAGUUGGUAAACGGUUCACACUGGCAUAUGAUAAAAGGUUUAAAGCCAGGGACGUUGUAUAAGGUUCGGGUGGUAGCUAGAGACCCGGCUGACCCAACGGUCCACAAGACAGAUGAGGUGUUGGUUACAGUGCCAGCCAUACCAAGCCGACAGGUAGACAUUGCCACCCAGGGCUGGUUUAUUGGGCUGAUGUGUGCCAUCGCUCUACUCAUCUUGGUCCUCCUCAUAGUGUGCUUUAUCAAGAGGAACAAGGGUGGCAAAUAUCCAGUGAAAGAGAAAGAAGACGCUCACCAAGACCCAGAAAUCCAGCCUAUGAAGGAGGAUGACGGGACGUUCGGAGAGUACAGGUCUAUAGAGAGUGACACAGAGGACCACAAGCCGUUGAAGGGCAGCCGGACGCCGUCCAAUGGAACGGUGCGCCGUGAUGAGAGUGACGACAGCCUGGUGGACUACGGGGAGGGUGGGGAUGGACAAUUUAAUGAAGACGGCUCCUUCAUCGGCCAGUACAGCGGCAAGAAAGAAAAAGACACUCACGAAGGCAACGAGAGUUCGGAGGCCCCGUCGCCCGUCAACGCCAUGAACUCGUUUGUCUAACGACGGCCAGUGGCCUGGCUGCGACGGUUGCUACGGCCGCUCCUUGUCACCCUGGCAAAUGUGACCACAGGCACCGCCUCGCUGGUGACAGUUGCUAAGGUGACAGUCGAUGUGGACGCCUUCCUCUAACCAUGGUGGCUGUCACUAAGACUGCUGACACACCCUCAUCUUCAGCCCCCUGUCACACUGUGACCUCUGAUCAACACACACUCAGCGUGGAAAUGACCACACAUCCCCCAUGACCAUUCAAAGAAAGUGUGAGAGAUGAGGGACGAGAGGACUCUGAGAAGAGAGAAGGAGAGAGGAAGCAAUACAGAAGAAGCAGAAGGAAUGUACUGGGGAGAGUUUUACCACUCAGACUGAGCUGAAGUUUGGCCAAGUGCGUGUGUGUGUGUGUUAGUGCCAUAUGAUCUUUGCAAACAUCCUACAACAUGUAUCCAAAUAUAUAUUUUAUCUUAGUACAAUACACCACCCACAGGCAGGCAAAUAUGCAUCAAAUAACACUCAUCUGCAUGAAAAUAUCAUGAUUCUAUUAUGCAUUUUACCACCCUCAUGUAAGUGUUCCAGAUCUGAGCUGCGUGUUGGGACUGUAUAUGGUGCACGCCUGGAUAUGCCUCUUGUUGUUUUUCAUUUUUUUCAAGUGUUCAAUGGCGUUUGAUAAAAAGAGAAAAAUGGCAGCAGUGUCUCCAUGGACACGGCUGUGAGAUGUGUGACACAAAGUAGACGCUAGCGUUUGUCUUUUUAGACAGAUGAACUGUUUGUACAUAUGUAAUAGAAUAAGAAGAGAUCUAUAUUCUAAGGUCAGGGAUGUCCGUUCGUAGUCUUUGGAAACCUGGCCAGAAACACUUUCAACUCAGCUUCGAGUCACUCCUUAUCACACCAGCCAGCCAGAACUCCCAAAUCUACUCCAGUCGGCCUGUUUUUGGUUUUCUCAAGCUUGCUCUUCCCGCUUUUUCUUUCACAAUUUGUUCCUCAAUACCAACCCUAUGCUUGUUCUUCCUGAGCACUAACCAAACACAAGUGGAGGUGUGAUCGAUCCGUUGUCACUGUCAAGUGCUUUCACUUCAUUUCAUGAGCCACUGUGCAAGGUUUUCCUCUACUUUAUCACGGUAUUGUAAGAAUUAAAAGCUACCUGGAUGAUGUCUCAAAUAACACUUCCACUUAUCUGCUAUUUAGUUUGGCAGAAAAGAGAAAAGAUGUUAUGAUCAAGAACCUCUCAGCACGGUUUCUAGUGCCUUUGUAGAGAACAGUGACUCAGAUCCAUACAAAUACAUCCCUCCUCACACAUGUAACAUGAAUACAGUGCAUACAAAGUACUAUUACACACAUUACUCUUGUGCCACUAUAAGGCUUUUCACAUAUUCAAAACAACAUUUGAAAGUCAUGGGGAAAAAGCUCUUAAGGGAUCUGUUGAUGUUAAAAAGUUGUUCAUUAAGUCAUUUAAAAACAAGACCAUUUAUUGCAAGCUAGUUACAGCUAAUAAUGUGGGCUAACAAUUGUUUCUAAGUCUGUAAAAUACAGACUUUAAAAUGAGCUUUUCACAGUACAAUACUGGCAUUUCAAGUGAGGAGUACUUUUCAGUUAGAUUGUUAUGGCCUUGUUGACAAUCAUACACUCAAACAUAGACAGGCAUUUAAACAGACAACCAAAUCCCACUAUCCAGCCAAGAUUAAGAGGCAGAUGAAAUGUGUAGGAAACCUGGUCAGAGCAUGAACGCCUCACGAGAUGUCUCCAUGUCAAGCCCAUUCAUGUUGAGGAGGAGCCGCUGCUCAGCAGCACCCAACUACUGCCAACCUGCUCACCAGGUAACUGCCAACAGGAACCAGACUCACCAUCUGGCACAGACCACUAUCAGGGCGGGACUUCCUGUUACAGGUAGCACUUAGAAAUGAUGGGUCGUAAAUCUGCGUAAAGAUACUGAAUGUGGAAACAAGUGUUAUCUGUUAAUGUGAAUGAAAAUAUGACUUGCUUGUUUCACUACGAACGGUAAACACACUGGUGACUUUUGGUUUAUGCAUUUAACCUUCUGUCCGUGUUUGUCGUCAGGGCAGCACUCGGUGAGUUUUCUAUUACUGUAAAUGAAUGAAGCUUGUGUGCGAAUGUUUGGGUGCAUGAGCGUGUGUGUGGGGAUGUGCGUGUGUGUGUGUGUGUGUGUGUGCGUGUGUGUGUGUGUGUGUGAAGCACAUGCAUGCUACUGUGUUACAGCGUGCGUUGUGUAUCCUUUUGCUUUCAAUUUCCAUGGAUAACAGUCUAUGAUUCUGAUGUGUGUCCAGCAGUCCACUCCUACUCCCAGCAGGAGAUACAAGACUUCUUUUUUUUUUUCAGAAAACAUUUCCACAUCUUACUUUUAUCAUAACUUGCAUCAAGUUUUUAGGUUUGCGAUGCGUCAGCUUUCAACGUGUAGAUAUUUUUGUUGUAUUUUGUAAAUAAUGGCUUGAAUUGAGCGUAGAUUUGUUGAGGUCAGAGGUGAGAGCUCGGCCUUAAUCAACCCUGCUGCAUUAUGGGUAGAAGGGUAAAAAUGGCGUUGCGUGAGAUGAGACUAUUUACAGUUUUCACUCUUUCAUUUGCUGUGAAAAUUUCCCUUUUUCUUUUUUUUUUUUUUUUGAACGUGUCAGGUGAAUUUGCUAGCUCAAAUGUUUAGCCGCCUAUCAGGUAUCAAAGGAGAUUAUUUAACUUGUGACUGAGCUCUUGUGACACCUGUAAUGUUUCUGUCUCUGACAGUUCACGCACCUUUUCUGUAUUUUUUAUAAAAAGAUGCACACUUAAACAGGAUGUACCAUUUCAAACACAUCUUGAGUCCAGGUUUGAACCACAUCUGGUCCGUGAACGCAGCACGCAGCAAUGUAGUCGUAAACAAGACAUAAGAUGAAACUGACAUCCUUUUUAAGUGUGUGCAUCUGAAAAACAAGAUAAAUCUGUAAUUUGGAGCAUACAGAAGGAUGGCCGGCCCAGACAGUUAAACAGACUGGCACAUUGGAGUGUGAAUACCCUGGAGACAAAUUCUAGUGACUGGUGAACAUACAGUAGGAUAUACAGUAUAUGAUAUGAUAUAAUAUGACAUUCUGGUUAAUGUUGAAGUUAUGAGAAGCAUGAACGGCUGUCAAAAUGGUUUACUCUACAAUAUAAUAUUGCAAAAUAUUUUGUAUUUCAAAUGAAGUUUAAAAAAAUGAAAUAAAUGUUGGUUUCAGGA